CUCCGCGGCUGAGGCGGGAGCGGGCCGGAGCGGGCGCCGUGUGCCCCGGCGCGGCGAGGCAGCGGGACGGUCUCCAUCACCUCUCGCCAGGUUUAAGUGGGGAAAAAAUCCAAACCAGGAAACAUUGUUGACUGGACAGAUUUUUCAUCAUGAAUCGUGCUUUUAGCAGGAAGAAAGACAAAACAUGGAUGCACACUCCUGAAGCCUUAUCAAAGCAUUAUAUUCCCUAUAAUGCAAAGUUUCUUGGCAGUACAGAAGUGGAGCAGCCCAAAGGCACAGAAGUUGUAAGAGAUGCUGUUAGAAAAUUAAAGUUUGCAAGACAUAUCAAGAAAUCUGAAGGCCAGAAAACACCCAAAGUUGAAUUACAAAUCUCAAUCUACGGUGUAAAAAUUUUAGAUCCAAAAACAAAGGAAGUCCAGCACAACUGUCAGCUCCAUAGGAUAUCAUUUUGUGCUGAUGAUAAAACUGACAAGAGAAUAUUUACUUUCAUAUGCAAAGACUCAGAAUCAAAUAAGCAUCUGUGCUAUGUAUUUGACAGUGAAAAGUGUGCAGAAGAGAUAACUUUAACAAUUGGUCAAGCAUUUGACUUAGCUUACAGGAAAUUUCUGGAAUCUGGAGGAAAAGACGUUGAAACGAGGAAACAAAUUGCAGGUUUACAGAAAAGAAUUCAAGAAUUAGAAACUGAAAACACAGAGUUGAAAAAUAAAGUUCAAGAUUUGGAAAACCAGUUAAGAAUAACACAAGUGCAUGCAUCUCCACUGCUGCACAUAAAGUGUGAUAAUGAUGAACAUAUGUUUCAAAGACCCUCUGCUUUUUUCUGGUGUAACAAUGAGGAUUCACCUCCUUGUUUAGAUAUCUCUUCCAUUACGCUUACUCCUAGGAGUUCUCCUGACUCUAGACUACCAUCUGGAUUAUUAAUACCACCACCUUCAAAAAGUGGUCUUCCAAAGCCAACCAGUGAAUACAGCUGCCCAAGACCUCGUGCAGGCAGUGUGACACCUAAAUCACCCUCCACUGACAUCUUUGAUAUGGUUCCCUUUUCUCCCAUAUCCCCUCAAUCAUCAACACCUACUCGCAAUGGUACACAGCCUCCUCCAGUACCCAGUAGAUCUACAGAGAUCAAGAGAGACCUUUUUGGAGCAGAACCUUUUGACCCUUUUAGCUGCGGAGCAGGAGAUUUCCCUCCAGACAUUCAGUCCAAACUAGAUGAGAUGCAGCGUCAGCGAUGCAGAAUAAAACUGUGCUAGAAGGUAACAGUUGUUAGAUACACAGCCUAUAAGAAGGAAGGUGAAAUGGACGCUACAAAAAGAAAAAUCUAGUCGUCUUUCCUUCUCUGGAACGUAAAGUGAAGGGAUCUGUUGUCUUCACAUUAUAAAGUACAGCCCGAGUUCCAGUAAAUAUGUGUUUCAUUAAAUAUACAAAGGUAAGUUGUUUAUGAACACAUCCUAUUAGUUCAAAAUACAAACUUACUCUGAGAGGGUAUUAAAUGCAGUUUAUCCUACACUCAGUAACAAGCAAGCUGCCUCGGCACCAGGCAGUGACAGCCUGGUGGGAGCAGCUCAGCCCAGUCUCUCUGAUCCUGUUACUGUGCGUGCGUUGGGAGGUGAUGUGUAAGCAAAGUGAGAUAGGAGGGCGCAGCAGAAGCAGCUUUGGAGAAAUAAACACUUUAGUGGGUGCUUUUCCUUUGCAUCUGAUAUUCUGCACUUAGUGAGAUCAGAUAAAUUUCAGUGACCCCUGGGGGAACUUUAGGUCCUAAACUUUAGUUAGGAUCCAGAUUUCACACUUAAGCUCCUUCUAUUCCAUUUCUUGGUCCAGUCAAUUUUUGGAGAGCUCAAAACUCAAACAUGUGCUGAGAUGUGACUUUUACAGCUCAGGCCUCUCUCUGAUGACUAUCCAACCUCCUGUUUCCCCCCACCCUUAUGCUGAAACAUAUUUUCAUCCUCUCUAUUUUGACGGUAUCCAGACAUUAAUAAAAUGAAUUUGUCUGUUUUCCCAGAAAUCUUGCAGUGAAGGAAAGUUUCCCUGGAUCAUGAAUCAUACCAGCAACAGCUGCUAUAAUUUAUUAAACUCUCAAGGUAGUUAAUAUCAUAAAGCUUCCAGGAGCUGCAAGCCAUUCUCCCUGCAUGGCCUGAAGCAGUCGGUAGGCUUGUCAUCUUUCCAUCUGAAAUAAGUUAUGCUCAGCCCUCUAAAUUAUCUUCUCGGAGGCGUGUAAAUUUAUCAUUGGUUCAUGGGACUUGCGCUGACUUAAGCUCAUUGAGUGAAGUCAUUGUGAAGCGAUAAGUGAGUUAACCUCAGAGCCAUAAGGUUGACUUUGGCAAAUUUGUCUCCUAUAAAAUGGAGUUCUGUGUCUUUUACUAUUUUUAACCAGAAUAGCUCACAUCUUGUUAUCAUAGACACAAAAAACGUGGAAGUUUUGGAAGAGGGGUUGUUGGUCACUUUUUCUAGUGAAAACAAGCUUUGCUCCUCUCUUUAAGAGAACAAUCAUAUCCUUUAGUACAAUACCAUCAUUUUUCUAGGUAACUAAGAUGUUCAGUCCUAGAGUUUCAAUCACCUUGGAAGUGUCAUCACGGGGGAUAUGAACGUAGAGGUGAGGCACAAUAUAGAUGCACACUUCAUAGUCCUUCCUCUUCCCACCCAUGUCCAGUGCCAGGGGAUGGCCUUUUUCUUCAUUCACUGAAAAUCAGCACACUUAAGAAAUUUUCUGACCACAUCAGGAGUUACUGUUUCCUGGAUGUUUAAAGUACAGGAAGCCAUAGCACACAUGUUUUUUAACAGGCAGUGUGUUAUGUUAAGAACACAUGUUAUUAGAAGCUGAAAUGUCUGAAUUUUACAAGGCAAACUAUUUAAAAUGCUGUGUAUUAAAAAUUUUGAAAGAUUUUUAAAAUAUAUAUAGUAUGUAAUGUGUACCAAGUGCUGACUAUAUAUGUCAUUUUUAAAGAAAAACUAUUCUCCUUAACAUGUUAAUUGAGUUUAUUAGAGAAAAAAAAUAUAAGAACAAAUCAUAAUUUACAAUCUGCUUGGUCAUUCCAACUGACUUCACUGUUAUUACAGCUGCAAAUGCUGGGUUUUGGAGUGGAGAGUUGAAAGUGGGCAUGUGCUGUAUGAUGGAUACCUUAAUAAUCAUACAGAAGCUUCAAGUAGGAGCAUAAGACUUGAGAGACAUGUGCAGUUCAGGUGUAUAUAUAAACUAUUUCUGAAAGUGCACAUAAAGAUCAAAGUGUUCUGCAUUGCUGUGAGAACUACAGCAUUCUAUUUUCUGCAUUGAUCACAGUUUCAGCUGUAGAUGUAAGGGAGAAUCCUUUCUUAAAACGUUCUCUUCCAAUGGCUUGCUUGACUACUGACAGCUGAUUGGAUUUUUUGAAAAUUAUAUUGUAUCUUUGCAAAAGUAUAGUUUUGGAGAUUCCAAAAAUUAUUUAAGCAUUUGGAAUUAUUUUGCAAAACCUGAGGGAUUAGGAGUGGAGAUAGCUAUAGGAAAUCUGGAGUCUGAAUCUCUGGAAAUUUCAUUGCCAUCAGUUUGCCAAAGAGUCUACUAGACAAGAAAGUUGUGAUUUCUUUUCCUUUUUGAGGCCUGCAUUUAAUUUAAUGGAAUAUUGGUUGAGACAAUACAGUUUUCUUUGGUCUAUACUCCUAUGCACUUCUUGUCCUCCACUUAAAUAUUUAUGAAGAAAAAAAUCUGUUUUUUAUAUUCUUUUAAAAUCUGAAAAAUGCCCAGAUGGCUAUCUAGAUUGCCUUGAUGUCUCUUUGUGUUCUUGGGCUUUUUUUGACCCUGGGGUUGGCAUGGAAGUUUCAGUUUACUAUUAACUGUAGCAUCUGGUCCUUGACGAUACUGUUCUUGUGUGAUUAACAGGUGAACAUUGAAAUGUCAUGUUCCUGUUAUAGACAGCUGUAUGCAUGGUCCUUUUUUAAGCAUGCAUGUGUUAACACUGCAUUUCCUGGCACUGUAGUGGUAGGUUUUACUUCUGACAGUUCUGCCUGUAAUAGAAGCUGGGUUCUCAGGUACGGAGCUGAUAACAGCACAUGGCAACCACGUUACUCUUUUCUUUUAGAACAGACAGUAGUUCAUUAUGUUAAGAAAGUUAAAAGGCUAUUUAAAUAAUUAUGAUACAUAUAGUGCAGCUAUCUCUUAAUGGAUUAACAUUGAUCACAUUGCAAAUAUGUGAAAAUGUGAUUGUUUUAAAUGCAAAAUAUCACAGCUUAAAAGAGGAGGAGGACGACUAAAUGGGGGGCAAAGUGGUCUGGAGUGAGAUUGCAGGUGGAAAGGUCAAGGAGACUGCUGUUCUUUGAGAAAGUAGAAAUGGUUCGAAGUAAAAUCAUAGCAAGCACAAGCUAAGUGGUAAGUGACAAAAUAUCAGUUUGUAUAGAAUAAAACAAAAAUUAGAAACCCCAACAUGAUCAACAGAAGAGCAAUGAGAUAUGUGUGUGCUUCCAAAAUGUAUAAUCUGAUUUGUUCUUAGCUAGCCAGAAAAAAGGGUAUUGGAAGUGCAGCUACGUAAGACACCAACAAACAGUGCUUAAAUGAAAGCCACCAGCAUGCAGGGCAUGACUGGGAUGCAUGGUCAGUGAAAGGGUUCUCUGGAUUGCAUUGCUAAGAAUCAAGCUGGUUGUCCUUCUUAAACCAGUUGCCAGGAAGUUUAUUCUAUUUCUCAACACUACUCUAGUAGCUGGUGGGAUUAUUAAAUACUCAUAAGCUCUCAAAAUUUUAGCCUGUGGUUUAAAUUUGUUUGAAAUGAAGCUGGUUUGAUUUGAGAUUUAUGUUUUAAAGCCAAAAGGCAUGCUCUUGAGGUACUGCUGUGUAUUUUGAGUUUAUGCCUGAUCCCAAUACGGAUUGCUUUACAAAAAGAUUCAUUUACAAGGUAUUUGCUUCAUGAAAGCACAUACUAUUGAUUUCAUAGCAUGCAAUCAACAUUUUCUAAGUGAACUAUGUAUUAGGACAGCCCUGAACUGAACGUUGUUACAGCUGCCACUGGAGUUGAUGUUUUCAUGGCAUUUCUAUUCAGAGCCCUUGUUUCCAAUUGCUUAUAGUUUUACAGUACUUCCACCUAGCAGACUGAUAUUUCCUUGACUCAAAGGUGACUUUUCUCUUGAAGGUUAAGCCUCAAUUGUUCAGCUUCUUUUAAAGAAAAAAGAGAAAUGAAAACAAGAGCAUUUCACCUGUAUUAAAAGUGCUGUUCUUAUUUUAGAACAGGUGCAAGCUAAGUAUAUUUUGUAAAAACAAAUACAGGUACUUGUGGAAUGAAUUUCUUUUCAAUAGAGGGGGUGAUGACCAUGUUUGUGUUUCUACUAAUAAAACUAAUGUGACUAAAACAGGAGUUUUGGUCUAAACUUUUAAAGAAAUUUGUUGCACUUUCUAAAGAUCAUUGUAUUUUAUGUCACUGAGUUACAUGCCUUUGAAAUGCACCAUUUGUUCAUUUGCACAAAUUUUAUGUGAUUUUAGUAUUUUUAGUAUAAUUUUAUUUGCGUUAUUUAGUGAAGCUCGGAUGGCAGUAGGCUGUAAAACAUGCACUUGUCAAUUUAACUGCACAGGGAGCAAUUCAGAACAAACCUCUGAGAUGCGGUCGAGUACUAUAAUUAUUGUUGGACUACUUCUAAGAGAAGGUAUUACUGAAUGUAGGAGACACCUGGGAUUAGUAACAAUGUCUGUGACUUAUCUGAAUCGUUAAAAUGUAAAUAUAAUAAACUUUUUGCUCAUAUAGCCCUAAUCUUUCCUGCUUAUAAAUCAUGUUGAGUUUAACUCGGGAACAACAUGAUGCACGUCAAGCUUGUUUGCUUUUCUAUCAACCGAUCUAUAUGAAUUUUCAAUAUUUUUUUAUUCUAUAAUAUUUUCUUCAUUUAAAUACAUACUGUAUUUCUUUUGUUGUACAAGAUACAUCCUUUUAUAAGUUAACCAUUAAGACUUAUUAAAAAUCAGCUGACCAAAUAAUGUAAAUGUCUAUGGAUUCACUCUAAAGUAUCAUUAUGGUUUAUCUGCCUAAAGAUAAGUUCAAAUUUAGGUGUUUUUAGAAAGAGACCUUUAUCCUCCAGAAAUCACUUUCUUUUUUAAUAACUAUGUCUUGUUUCAUUGCAGGAGGGGUUCAAAAUGGGAUUAACUCUUGAAGGCACAGUAUUUUGUCUUGACCCACUAGACAGCAGGUGCUGAUGACAAGAAGCUAAAUGUGAAAUUCCUUCACAGUGGUUUGGGUUUUUUAAAAUUCUGAACACGUAUUCACAAAUAUUAUCCAUGUGCCAAAAAUUGCUUUUUUCAACAUGUAAACUCUUGUCAGGUUUGCUUCUGUAAAAAUCCAACUUCCAUUUCCAGUCUUUCCCUGUACAAAUGUAAAAAAUUGUAUUUGUUUAUGAAAUAUGAAUUAAAUUACACUAUUGUGUUUCUUUCUGUCAAAUUUUGGCCCAAGCUUAUUAUGCUUUAUGACUGGAGCAGUUCUUCAGAAAGCUCACACAUACCUCUGUUUGCAGAUGCACAAGCAUGAUUUUUAUGUAAUACUUUAUCUGGCAGCAUUUUGAAAUUAUGCUCUUAAGUCAUCAUUUAAUAUUCAAGCAGUAAAAUAAUUAAUAUCUAGUACAAAAAGUUCAAAUUGCAGUGAAAAAGCAGAAAAUACUAACCAUUAAUAUAUGCUUAAAACAAAUCUGGAUGCCAUGUAAUUGAUUUCCAUUACUGUGUAUGAUUACUGUGCUGUAUAUAUGUUGUUAUUAGUUUAUAAAAUACAUAAGAUUUUAGGUCCUUACUUCAUGUUUUAGAAACAAACAAAUUCUUAGUAUGCUAAUUACUGUUUAAGAGCAUAAUAAAACUGCUAAAUUGCAGAAUGGACUAAGUAACUGCCCUUUUUUUGAUAUUUUAUAGCUGAACUGUAAAGUAUGUAAUUUGGAAUUUAUUACAUGAUAACCAUAACUUAAAAAGAAGAUUAUGGUCUUACAUUUACUUAGAAAUCUAUGUAAUUUUGUGUAUAAGCAGGCACUGUUUACUGUGCACAGUUCUGUAAGUUACUUUCAACACCUGAGUGUUCAGUCAGGCUUUGUUGAGAAUUGUUUUCACUAUCUGCUUUAAUGUUAUAUGUAUUACUAUAAUUUUGAAGCUUGCUGCAAGAAUUCAAUAUAAGUUAGUAAGUCCUUCAUACCCACUGAUUGUUCAUGUUUCAGAAAUAACUACACACCAAAACUUUCAGCUGUUAGUGAGUUUAACGCUGACCUGUCUAUGCAUACUCUUCAUUAACCUUUAGCAUAAGCAAUAAAAUACCAUCUUAAACCUAUUUUGGAAAAUUAUUAUCAUUAGUGUUUUGAUGCCCAAACUUUAUGUUAGUUCAAUUCAAAAAUUGAAAAGCUCUAAUAUUUUCCCCUCAAAACAUACAGGUGUGGAAAAAACAAAAUUUCAGAUUCUUUUAAAAAUACUUUUUCUUUGCUUUUUCAUGAGAGGUUUUUUGUGAUACUUAGAGUUUUAUCCUUAACAGUUAUAGUUUACACCAAAAAUGCAUUUUACAAAUUUGUCAUCACAUGUUUAUCUUUAUGCCUUGUUCAACAGAGUACUUCAGCUUAUACCUUGAAAUCCACUGAAAUGAAUGGGAUUAUUCCUUUGUUGAGUUUAACAUAUGUUCAGGUACCUUGCUGAAUGGGGGCCUUAAUGUUCUACAUUACAUUAGUCUUCCUCUCUCUUAUUCUGUGUUCAACAUUCAUAUAGAGUAUUAUAUAUAAAUAUAUAUAUUAAAAAUAUAUAAAAUCACUAACAAAUAGAAUAGUAUAUGUUUCAUAAAGAAAAGUCUUUAUAAUUUUGUUUGUCAUAUAGUAUUUUGCAAUUUGUAUAAUGAGGAUGUUUAGUAGCCAUAGCAAUGGCCUUUUUUAACAAAUAGAAUUUGUAUUUUUAUUGUACUUUAAAAAGCUUUACGUAAUAAGCAUCUAUUUAGUGGUCAUUUAUUAUCAAUGGUAACACUAAGAUAAUAUUUGCACAUUUUAAGAAACCUUUUUCGUUACUGAUUUUUACGAUAGUUGACUGCAAGUGGCAUGGUUAAAUAUUACAUACCUGCUCAAUCCAUACAAAAUUACUUAAAUCAACACAGCAGUGCAUUUUUAAUGAAAAGAUUAUGUGAUUCAAUUGGAAAUUGUAUUUCUAUGUAAUCUCAAAUGUCUGUUUAAUUUUGCCUAAAAUAAAUGUUUUUAAAUAAAUUGCAUCCUAGAA